ACCUCAGCAAUGUAAUGUGAGUGGAUUCCAUCAGCGUUCCCCCAUCGCCUUGAUAGAUCCUUUGAAAGGAUGAAGCUUCCGGCAAGUGCAAAUCAAGGGUUCAAACAGGAGCCACCAGUACUGCAAAACCAGUAUGAAGAUGACCCAGCCCUACAAGGGAUCUUGUUUCAUUAUCUUCCGCAUUCCGACUUUGAAGCUGUCACCGGUGAUCUGAAGAAUUUGGGUCAACGUGCAAUUACAGAUAUUCUGGCGCUCGGGGACAAUGCUGAACAGCAUCAUCCCACUCUAACGCAGUAUGAUCAUUGGUGCAGGCGGAUAGAUAAGUUAGAAACCUCAGAAGGAUGGCGGGCUUUGAAAGGGGUUGCCGCGGAGGAAGGUUUGAUUGCCAUCGGAUACGAGCGUAAGCUACGCCAGUUCAGCAGGGUUUACCAGUUUGCAAAGUUGUACGUCGCUGGGCCCAGCAUGGCAAUGUAUACUUGUCCCUUGGCCAUGACAGACGGGGCCGCUCGAUUGAUAGAAUUACAUGGCACACAGGAUAUGAAGGAAACAGCUUUCGCGCGCCUCACAUCGCGCGACCCGGCAAAAUUUUGGACCAGUGGACAGUGGAUGACGGAAAGACCUGGCGGGUCGGAUGUCGGGGGUACGGAAACAGAGGCAGUUAAAUCCAGCGAUGGCCGGGGUUGGCUUCUAUCCGGUUUCAAGUGGUUUUCAUCGGCCACCGAUUCUGAUAUGACUUUUCUACUCGCUCGUACACGAGACCAAUCGACUGGUUCAGUAAAAGAAGGGUCGCGAGGGCUUUCUCUGUUCUACGCCAAGCUGCGCGACUCUGACGGUAACCUCAAUGGAAUCCGAGUGCAUCGGCUCAAAAACAAAUUCGGUACCAAGGCUCUCCCAACCGCAGAGCUGGAGCUAGAUAAUCUCCCAGGGUCCAUGGUGGGGUCCGAGCAUCGUGGUGUUGCCACCAUUGCAGUGAUACUCAACAUCACUCGCAUACACAGCGCGUUGUGCACGACCUCAAGCCUUCGCAGGUCGUACGCAAUCGCGAAGAGCUACGCCGAGAAACGUGUAGUAUUUGGAAAGUCGUUGUCAACUCAACCACUUCAUCUUGCUACCUUGGCUGAUAUUGACAUGACCUUGCGCGGCGCUAUGCAGCUCUUUUUCUUUGCGGUACUACUCCUCGGAGAAUCCGAAUGCCAUCCCGAUGAGAGCCGUCGCGCCCUGUCCGGAACACUGCUUCGCAUUACAACACCUCUUUUGAAAAUGUGGGUUUGUCACGAAGCGAUGCCGGCUAUAACAGAAGCCCUGGAAGCAUGUGGUGGACAGGGCUACAUGGAAGAGACUGGAAUUGCCCGUCAGCUUCGCGACGCCCAGGUGAACUCGAUUUGGGAAGGAACAACAAAUGUCCAAGCUCUAGACUUGUUAAGGAUCGUGGGCCCAGUCUUUCCUGUGUACAGGAAGAAAGUGCUUGAACUUGUGAGCCACGAGUCGCUACUGAAACUGCCCGUGAGCGUGGUUAAGGAUGCCUUGGAUUAUGUUCAAAAGAUAAUCGUUGCCAUGCAAAGUUGGGAAAGAGAUCAACAGGAAGCAAAGGCCCGGUUGCUUGGAUUUGCAUUGGCGAGGAUACUCAUUGGGGCCCUCCUUAUCGAUCAUGGUGUUUAUCUGCAAAGAGAGGGUCAUGGUGAUGCUGAGGCGAGCUUAGUAUGCGCAAAACGCUGGUGCGCGAACGUCGGAUUAUUGGUAGGGCAAUUGGAUGCAGCACCACAUUCGUCGAAGGAAGAUUUGGUAUUAGUAUACGGAAAGAGUUCAAGGGCUAUGCUUUAAUUCCACUGCGAGGGGAUCGCUGGUCAAUAUCUAGAGAGGUUACUAGUACUUUGGAAUAAUUUCUAGACGUAGCAAUGGCUGCCGGUACUUUUGGAUAGCGCUUGUGACAUCUGUCAAGCAAAUGCUGGAUCAGAUCUCCUUCACAAAUCCCAGCCCUGUUGGUGGAUGGUUACCUAACAUAUGUCGACAAUAACGAUGGUCUUUUUUGGUUGGGGGCAGGUCGUUUCUCCUACCCUCGCGCUAAGUUCAUCCAAAC